UACUUUCUAGGUUAUAUUUUAAUUUUAGGUUAUAUUUCUUGUUUGUUUUUCUAAAAUGUUGAAUACUCGGCUCUGUAACCCCUCUGUGUCCACUAAUAUAAUAAAAUAUUGCUGAAAUAAAACAUCUAUAUAUAAAAACAUGAUUAAAUCAGUUUUAUACCAGCCUACAAUGCUCAAACAUAGUGAUAUCCUAUUGUGCCAUAUAAGGACCUUAUUACUGCAAAUUCCUAAAAGAACUAUAAUUAUAACUGAGGAUUUUCGUUCAGAGUCUCAAAAGGCUCGAGACAAGUUACAAAAUGUGUUAGAUAUUAGCAAGCAUAAGGCAUUAAAUGUAGUAGAAUCUUGCAAGAAGCUAUUUGACACCCCCAGCAGCUGCAUAUCUGAAAAUUAUAAGAUAUGUAUUAAGCAUAAAAUAAAUAAGGAAACUGUACUGAAAUACCCUUUUUUGCUCUGUGAUUCAAAUCUUCAAAAGAAAUUGACAGUGCUUCAAAAAAUUCCUAUUCCAUUAAAUUCUCUCAUACCACUUACUCAAUUCACCUUAAUACAACUAAAGUUUUUUAUGAAUUUCAAGGAAACAGAUGUUGUACAUAAAAUUAACUAUUUAUGUGAUACUUUCAAUAUGAAUGCAGAGGAAGUAUGCAAUAACAUAGCCAGUAAACCAUUCAUUUUUACCAAAUCAGUAUCUGAGAUUGAGGCAUUAUUAAAGCUCUUAUAUGGAUCUGGUCUUACAAUAGAAGAUAUACUAAAAGAUUUGUGGGUUUUAAAAAAUAGUGAAAAUCAUGUACAAAAACGCCUAGAGUUCCUAAAGUAUCAUAAUGUUAAAAAUAUAAAAACUUGGAUGAUAAGGUGCUUAGAGGAAUCCCUUUACAAAAAAAUCCAAAAAGAAACAGAUAAUCGGGAAGUCUUGGGUGACAACUCCUUAGUUGAAUAUCUGUCUGAAAAAUUGAAUUGUAGUGAAUCACUGGUCGAAUCAAUAAUCAGAAAAUAUCCUCAGUUUCGCAAAAUGAACUUGCCAAAACUAAAUAAAAUGAUUGAUUUAUUAUGCAGUGCGGGUUACAGCGAGUUUCAGAUAUGUAGAUGCCCAAAGAUUUUAUUUCACAAGACCAGCACCAUAGAGCAAAGAUUAAAAGAGCUUUCUAAGAUGGGGGUAAAACCGGAGGCACUUUAUGUUCUCACAAAAAGUGAAAUGCAAUACCAAAGCCACAUUAUUAGCUUAAAAAAAGCAAAAAUAUUAAAGGUUGUUUAAGACUUUGUCAUACAGUUCAUGUAGGGUAAAGCGAGAAGAGUAGCACACGUUUUACAAAACAUAAAAUAUCUUCUUUGUUUAAAAAAAUACAGAAAAUAAACAUAAACUUUGACAUUCCUCUUAUUCAGUUAAAAAACAUAAACACUCAGGUAUAAAAAAAUUAAAAACUAAAACUAGAAAUCACUCGGUCUAUCCUACUCAGGCUUGGAGAGUUGGACAUUACUUGGUAGGAUAGAUGGACCUUGAAUUUUAUUACUUUUUUUUGUAGCACUGACGCCACAAUUUUCAUAAACGUUGCUAAAAGACGUGCAACUAUCGUGCAGCCAUCUUGAACAAAGAACGCACUUGAUCCAGUCGUCCUUCUUCGUUUGUCGAUAGUCUUCGCUGCAUCCAACGCAUUCAUUUUCCAUAUCACUGAAACACUCUUCUUCACUAGAAAAAUCAUCUAAAAUCAUGUCAUCGAACUCUGAAGAAGAGACUACUGUGUUUUUUUCCCGAAUUUCCAACCGUUUAGCCUUCUUUGGUAUCUUUGACUUUCUGGUUGACUCUGGCACCUAACACUUUUUUUCUUCCACCUAUUUUCAAUUUCUGAUGUACGCCGGUGAAGAUAAAACUCCUCCCAGAUUAGCUCGGAUCUUUCUCAUAGUUGGCGUAACUUUGGGUACAGGAGACAUCUGGUCAAGAGCGUUAUUUCCGACUCGGCUGGAGGACCUGGUUUUGUGUUGCUAGUAUUGCGGUAAAUCCCAGAACAUCCUGGUUGAGGGAAAUCUGGUUGCUGGACGUUCCUUUGGCGGAGAAUUUGUAAGCAUCCUGGUUGGGGUUGAGGAGAAACUGGCACUGGCUUAUUCUGUUGCACAGUUUCGUUUCCAGCACUGAUGAACGGGCUCUAUUAUUUGCUGCAGUAAAAACGCAUAGUCCGGUAUAAUAUCUGGAUUGAAUGGUGAUAUGUCUGUUGCUUUGGAAGCCGAUACUGCGUUACUCACGGUAGCGGUUUUGCCUCAAGAUUCUCCCAGGAUUUUACCAAAUUACAGCCGGUUCAGCUUUUUAUUUGGAUGGGUCAUCAUUGUGCGUCGAUAUGUUUCAUAAUAGAAUCCUUUGAGACUCUCAAAAAAGGCUCGAUCAAGGGGUGGGAGGUAAUGGGUGCAGUACGGGGGUAGACAAAAUAAAAUUAUAUCAUUUUUUUGUCGCAAAUUCUAAGGCAUCCAUGUUUCUACUGUGGGAAGUGUGGCUAUCCAACAGCAAUAAAACUUUUCCUGGUGGUUUUUCGCGGAAAAAAAUGUUGUGUUAACUACUGAAGAAAUAUUUUUGAGUUGACAUAGGCUGACUUCUCAGACAUGCAUAUUUUAGAUCCUGGUGGCAUUCCUUCUGCCCAUUCAUUUUUUUGUUCUUUCCCUCGAAAAUACAAAAAGGGGGAAAUACACCCCCUCUGCAUUGCAACAAGCUAUAACACUAAUGGUUUUGCCCUUUUCACCGGAGAUAAUGGAUGGUACACUUUUUGAACCCGUUGCUGCAAGCACUUGUUCGGCUCUGGUAUUAAGUUGGAGCCCAGUCUCGUCAGUAUUAAAAAUGUGGCCAGGUUUAUUGAAUAAUCCAUUUUUGGUAAGAACCGUCUGCAGUAAUGCAAAGUAGUCACAUAUAGUUUCUCUCGAUAAUCCUAUAGCCCUUGCGGAUACCUAUACAGAGGUGUUUUCUGCUUUGCGCAUGCUAAUGUCUGGAUUUCUUCGUAGAAAUGACUGCAACCAUACUCGGCCAGCUUUGCCUGGAAGUUGAAUAUAUCAGUAGCUAGAUAUCAAUAUUUUUUAAAAACCUCUUACCGGCCUUAAAUUUAUGCCUAACUCUAAGUAAUUCUGCCAGAUUAAACGCCAUUAUGCUCACCUCAGUUCUUUCUUAAGGACAGCUUUUUUUUCCUCGGUAGUUUUACCCAGGGAGCCAUCAGGACCCAGUCGCUCCGUUUUCUCUAAGUUAUUCGAAGCUAUUCCGCGUCUUAAUGUGGUUUUGAGUAUAUUAUAAGACCUACCUGCUUCAUUUAAACUCAUUUCGUUGAAUAUUACCGCAGUUAUAGCUAGAUGUAAAUCAUCAGCGCUCCAAGUAGCCCUUGCUACGUUUCUCUUUCGAGUGUACAUGUUAGGCAUCUUUCUGUAACAUUAAAACAUUAGUCCAUCUCUCCUCGCAAAUUAGGGUCUAUCUCUCCUAAAAUUAUUGGGACCAGGCUAUUUCUAUGGAACGGAACGUUAUGGACUAGUGUUUUUAGGUUAGGUCUACGCCAGAAAACUCGUUUGAUGAUUACAUUAUUAAAUAGUCGGCUAAAACUCACCUGAAAAUGCUUUGUUCAGUGACCAAAAUACACCUUGCAACAUUGUUUGGUUAUUUGAAAACAAUGAUCACUUGUAACUACUAAAUACAACGAUAAAUCAUGGACCACAUGGACUAAGAAACUGUGGAUGUCGAAUGUCUGUGCGUGUACUUUAUCAAAUUGGCCAUUGUUGCCACAGUAUGUAAAAUAUCGCUAAUGAUCUCUCUCUCCUGCUGUGCCAUCUCUCGUCGUUUUACCCCAUCCAUUUAUUUUGUAAUAUUCCAUAUUGUUAAUUCAUGUUUUUUACAUAAGUCUAUUACACACAUCAAAGUAAUGAUGGAACAUAAGUAAAAAUAAAAUGAAAGUAGAAGAACA